AUGUUCCAACGGUCUCUGGCGAGGAGCUCCCGCAGCCUUCUCAUUGACGUGCACUCCCACUACACGCCUCCCAGACUUGCCGCAAACGUCUCGGCUGCAGGUCCAUCAGGCUCUGCUCCAUCCAAAGGCCAAGAUGACACCAUUGCUUCGCCCUCGCGAGCCACUAAGCUCGCCUUCAUGGACAGGCACGGCAUCUCCCAAUCAGUUAUCAGCAUUCCUCCUCUCACCUCCCUCACUUCCACACCCGAAGAGGCUCUCAAAGUGGUUCUGGACGCCAAUACGGAUUUGGAAAGGUACUGUACACCGCAGGAGGGCGAGUCACAGGAUGGACCCUCGUCCAUCUUCUCGCCUGGUAGCGCAAAACAGCAGAACGCCUCGAGCCUGGGCAUCCCACCCAAGGAUCGAAUCCACGCAUUCGCCGUGUUGCCCCCUCCGGUGAAAGGGAAGCUGUCGCAGCAUAGUGUACUGGACGUACUGGAGAGUGCGAGGUCUUCAGAGUCAAUGGUCGGAGUGACUUUGUCCACUGAUGGUCUCGGCAAAGGAUUGGGCGACCUUGAGCUGGAGUCAGUCUGGAGCAAAGCAGGCGAGCUAGGCUUGACCAUCUUCGUGCACCCUCCCAACAUGGAGCUGAAGCUGGGUCUGGAGACAAGCUCAGCAUCUGCUGUGUUCGAUGCGCCGCAUCGGGUAGCCCUGGCAGCCUCCCACCUAAUCCUCUCUGGUGUCCUAGAUCGGCACCCUACCCUGAAGGUUCUCCUCUCCUACUCCUCGGGCAGUCUCCCCUUCCUCUCCUCGCGCCUGUCCACCCUAUAUCGCUCCGAUCCUCACUUCACCCCUUCGCGCCAGCACGCUCGUCUGGCGAAUCCAGAUCCCCGCUUCUACCUAAGCAGGCUACACUACGAUUCCCUCGGCGCGUACGGACCCGAAGAACUUCAGUCCCUCGCCCGCCUCAUCGGUCGUUCAGAGCGCUUCAAGCUCGGGAAAGGUGGAACAUACAACACGCCAGCGUUGGGGUCAGAAGAGGAGGCGGAAGAGGUGAAAAGGGGUGGAGAGAGAAUCCUGUUUGGGAGUGAUCACCCCGUCUUUCCUCCCCUGCAGGAGGAUGUACCCGAGCAAGGGUACGACACGCCUCAGUGGGGAAGCGUUGUGGACGGUUUGACUGCCAUUCGGCUCACGAGGGGAUGGGAUGAAGAGACGCGGAGGGCAGUGGUGGGUGGGAAUGCGCAGAGAUUAUUGGGUCUCUGA